GCAUCAUCAACUCCUUAAUUUUGCUGCUUCCAAUAGAUGUUCAACAAACGGUCAACCACCACCAUUGGUGAACUACAACCGGCAAAACACAAACAACCGCCGCCGCCAUCUCUUCUCGGGAACCAAAACCGCCGGUCACAAUCACUACUAGCACUUUCCAAGCAUCAUAAAUCCUUUAAUUAUGAUGAUAACAUUGGUCAUGGGAGUUCAUCUGCGGAUAGCUAGGAGUAUUUGCAUGUCAUAUGAUCAACGAUGGAGAAUCUAUACUUUACCAUCUUCCCUCCAUAUAUAGCUUAUCGGUUUAGGAGCCUGUUACCUAUAAUUUCAUGGUUAUCGGCAAAUGCAUCCGUGUGGAGCUUUGACAUAUACCAAUCUGAUGUUUUUUUCCGGGAUCAAAGGCUUCAACUGGGUUUCCGCCGCAUCUAAAAUGGACGAUCGUCAAGAUGGUGGAAAUGUCAUUCACAUCAUUGGUGGAGAUGAAUCUGAUGUUUGGGAUGACAGGCCUGUUUCAGCAACAAUGUAUGAGUAUAACAAGACUUUUACUGAAGAUAUCAGAACUGCAGAUCUGAGUUAUGAAGAAUAUAGGCCUGUCGAAGAUCAUAGAGCUAAUGUGGCUAAGUUAGAGGAUACAUUCCAGUUUCCGGCACUUGGAUCCUCUAAAGUUUCAAUGGAGGCUGGUAGAUCUUGCAAAAGUCGGUACUGCAAGAUGUUCAGUACUGCAAGUGGCUGUCCUUUUGGAAAUAACUGCACUUAUAAUCAUGAUGAACAAUCUAUAAAUAGAGAAACAACGACAAUAGUGUUGGGUCGUGCAUCUGCUGUUGGUCAUAGGAAUGGAGGAGUGACUGGGAACCAAGGACCAGUACCACUGCCUGCAAGGCCAAUGGUACUGUCAUCACCACUACCACCACCAUUAUCAUCUCUGACAAUUGCACGAGCCACGUUUAAUACUAACUUGAAGCCUCCUAAUUGGAGAACAAGGAUAUGCAGCCAGUGGGAACAGGCAGGUUAUUGCCCAUUUGGGAGUAAGUGCAAUUUUGCUCACGGUGAAGCAGAGCUGCAACGAUAUGGCGGUGGACCUCUUAACAGAGAGGCUAAUCUCAACAACCAAGGGCUCGUGUUUCUGAAAAAUGUAGCAGCCUCUGUUGUCGGACCAUCUGUCUCAUCAGUUGCUUGUGCAGGUGGUUCUGAGAAGCUACCAAUCGCAGAAGAAAAAUCUUUUCAGAAAUGGCCUAAGAAAAUUAAUCGUAUUUACGGUGACUGGAUUGACGACAUUGAGUAAGCUUGAUAAAAUUACGGUGACUGGUCCGCCUUUUAAACCGUGUUUGCUAAUCUUAAUUAUUUCUUCGACAAUUAGACUAUUAGUAUUAAGAUCAUUGUCUAGUCAUUUUGGUGAACCUUUAAUUUGAUGCCAAAUAGGAUCACUUCAAAUAGUUCUAUGGAUUUUGCUGCAAGUUUUGGGAUUUAGAGGUUUUCUUUAGAAUGGUGUUUGUUCUUGAAUUUUCAUUUUUAUUUUUUGCUUUCGUUUUUAA